UUAUACGAAACGUCUGUUCCUGACAACAAUAACUUCCGUAAAGUUUUAGACUCUGCUCGGAUCGCAGCAAAGCCGACGUUGAAACUUCUCCCCGGAGCGCGUGAUCCACAACACUACCUGACGUCGAAAAUCCAUCUGAUCGAAGCUUUUCUCCGAUGGCGAUUAUCUAUGCGGUUGUGGCGAGGGGUACGGUGGUGUUAGCGGAAUUCAGCGCCGUCACGGGAAACUCAGGCGCCGUUGUGCGGCGGAUCCUCGAGAAGCUUUCGCCGGAAAGUUCCGAUGAGAGACUUUGUUUCUCCCAAGACCGUUACAUCUUCCAUAUUCUCAGAUCUGAUGGGCUUACCUUUCUCUGUAUGGCCAACGACACCUUUGGAAGGAGGAUUCCCUUCUCGUAUUUGGAGGAUAUUCGUAUGAGGUUCAUGAAAAACUACGGAAAAGUAGCACAUUAUGCUCCAGCUUAUGCAAUGAAUGACGAAUUCUCAAGGGUUUUGCAUCAGCAGAUGGAGUUCUUCUCCAGUAAUACUAAUGCAGAUACUCUCAAUCGUGUUAGAGGAGAAGUCAGUGAGAUUCGAUCAGUCAUGGUGGAGAACAUUGAGAAAAUCAUGGAGAGAGGUGAUAGGAUUGAGCUUCUGGUUGAUAAAACAGCAACAAUGCAAGAUAGUGCUUUUCACUUCAGGAAACAAUCUAAGCGCCUCCGCCGAGCUCUUUGGAUGAAGAACGCUAAGCUCUUGGUACUUUUGACGUGCGUGAUAGUUCUUGUGCUGUACAUAAUAAUUGCAUCUUUCUGUGGAGGCAUCACUCUACCGUCUUGCAGAUCGUAAUCUCGCAGCCUUAUCAAAGGUAAUGAUGCUUGCAAACUUUUUCGGGGCAUAUAACCCGAAACAGACCACUGCUUUUGUAAAUCAACCCAGUCACAUCCUUAAAUGUCAGUCUUCGUUUCAUCAUGAAAAUGGCACUGAGUUUUGAGGUUACAUGUAUUGGUCCUCCUCGCUUUUAUGUAACUCUUGUAAAUGUCAAAAUGAUACAGAGGUUCACAAAACACUUGCCUUGUCUUGUAGAUUUAGUCACUUGAGUGAGUUUGCUCUCGGUAUGUCCAAAACCUUAUCUCCUUUGUCUUUUAUUAUUCUUGCAUCGCAUCUACAGUGUACAUCACAUACUCGUAAUUUAUGUUGUUCACAUGCCUUUGAUUAUUCUU